AUGAAUCUGAUUAUUCUCAGUGAUGCCAGACGGAUUGUCAAUUUCAUGUUCGGCCCUUCGUACCUUUGUGAUCCUUUGUGCGACACCCUACGCACGCGUGACAUGUUCCACUGGAAAUCACCAGGUGGCUCACCAGGUGAGACCCCCGUCCCAUCCCGACCCCCUGCACCGUUGCAAAAACAACGACUCGUUGACGUUCGCCGAACAACCUUUGGCUGCAUCCCGCCAGGCGACUGGAACAGUUGCGUCAGCUCCGCGUCGGACGAACACACCGACGGAGAACCGCUGGUCCACUCGCCCGCCCUCUCGAGGUUCCCCAGUGCGUGCCAAACAGAUGCCACCACGGUCUAU